AUGUCAGCAACCAAUCCAGAAGCUGAAGCCGAGGCAGAAUUACACGCCAACAGUUUAUUUGAGACCAUUGCCAGCCUCAAAGCCAGAGCCAAAGCGAAGACUCAAGAGAUUCUGCAUAUCCGCAAAUCAUCCUCACAGCGCGAGUUUGCAGAUGAAGAUAUCUUUUCGGACCCUGCCUUUGAUCCAGCACAAGCCUUAGAUAAGAAAUCCCCAUCUAAGAACGGAAAGACUACCAGCGAGAGCGUGACCGAUGGCCUUAAGGACGCUAAAUAUCUACUCUCUCAUCCAAGAAGAGUCAUGCGAAGUAAAGCCACCCAUGUGGCGGCAGAGAAAAUUGGUUCUGCUCGACACCCCAUCCAGAUACUCAAUCGAGACGAAGAACUCAUCGAUGCCCAUGAUCACCUCGCCCAGGCUGCCGCUGAUGGCGACUCGGAUUCCACUCUUGAUGGGGAAGAAGUGAACGAUGCCUGCGAUCGAAUACUCCAAGUGGAAAACCAACGAGAAAGUCUUCAGACUGCAUGGAUCCUUGGCCGCCAUGUUAAUCGUGUCAAAGCCGUUCGUUCUGUUUCUCGACCAGAACAAUCGGAUUUCACAAUCAUCAAUGAUGGCGAACCACGUGUCCAGUGGGAGAGGUAUCUCGGAAAACUGGCUCUUUAUCAUACGCAAGGCUUUACCCUCCAAUAUGUCGAUGACUUUAAAUCUCCGCCUUUUGAUCUGGAAGAUCUAGCAAGAAUCAUCGAAAGAUUGACUAUCACUAGUGCUCCCUGGCAAACAUUCCUGAUGAAAGUGAGAGAUAUCUACACUUGGAAAGAUCCCAGAUCUACUGCAAAAUGCGCCAUUCUAUUCUGGACUCUCUGGUACACCGAACACAUCGUCGGCUCUCUUUGGUUCUGGAUCAUUUACUCUUCUAUCCGGAGUAAACUCCAGCCGUCCUCGGUCGAGAGAAUUCGAGAAAGUGUAGCUCGAUCAUUUGAUCGUGAGAAAAGAGUUCAAGCUUGGGGUGAGCUGCUUCAACAACACGGAAAACAAAACUGGAUUGAACCGUUGCUGGAUGAUCUGGGUCCCCAUAUCCAACGUCAACUAGGCGAUCUAGCCGAUUUCCUUGAAAUCUUGACCAACUUUCAUCGACACGAGCGUCCUAAGAAGACCACGGCUUCUUUGUUUUUCUUUGCGAGCUGCCUGACAGUGACUUUGUUUGCGGACAUGGCAUUCUGCGUCAAGUUUGUCUGGUUCAUUGCCGGAGUGGGCUUCUUCUUCACAUACCCAAUCGCCACGAGAUACCCGAAAUACCGAUUGCUGGUAUCACCUUGGAGAUGGAUGUUUUGGGCCAUUCCUACGCAUGCCGAACUUGCAAUUUUACGGUUGCAAGAGAAGGCAGCCAUUAGGGAUGCUGAUCCCAAGGAAUUUGAGUUACCGCACCCGGACGGGCUUGACAAAGCAGAACAACCUCAAAGUGGAGAGACUCACUCUUUCGAUAUUCACCACGAAACGGGAGGAAGAGGAAAAUUGAUAAUAAGCAGAUCUGGUAUUGCAUACACCAGUGUUACAGAGCAACAAUCCUGGCCGUUUUCGUCUUUGGCUGAAAUGUGCAAAUCCGAUGAUCCAGAUACCGAGUCCGUCUUCCGCAAUUUUCGCAGACUUGGUUCUCGAUCCGGUGUUGUAUUGCACUUUACUUUCUUUUCAGCAGAACUGAGGGUUCUUGUACAUACGGCCGAUCGAAAUCGUGUCUUCAAUCUUGUUCUUGCUUGGAGCGGUUUGAAGUGGCAAAGUUUGCAGAUAGAACGGCGGAGAGGUGGGAGGGGUAAUCUUGAUACGGCCAUCAAGCGAGCACUCCGUUAG